AAUAAAACCAAAGAAAACGCAAAUAAGUCAGCUGUAUUGACUCUCAAGUGACGUGCGAGUUUGAACAACAAAUUAUCAUCUUGAACAAAAUUGUUGUGAUAUUAUAUCUUCAGUAAAAUGAAGAUACUUAUUCUGGUAGCACUUGUGGCACUUUUCGCUGCCACAAGUGGAGUCUUUGUUCCACCUCGCCCAGGACACAAACGGCUAUUAGACUCAAAAGAAUGCACUUGGGGACCUUCAUACUGGUGUCAAAACAUAACGACGGCGGCUGGUUGCCAUGCCGUGAAACACUGUAUUCAAACAGUGUGGCUUUACCGGCAAUUGCCACCAGACACUUCCAGUAUUUGUCAAACGUGUCUGGACAUGGUAAAGCAAGCCAGAGACCAACUGGAGAGCAACGAAACACAAGAACUGAUCAAAGAGGUGUUUGAAGGGUCAUGUGCUCUUUUACACUUCAAAACAAUCGUCAAAGAAUGUGACAGAAUCGUAGACGAAUUUACUCCUGAAUUAAUCGAAACUCUAGCCUCAGAAAUGGAUCCUCAAGUUGUUUGCUCAGUUGCGGGUUUGUGCAACAGCGAACGGGUCCAUAAGCUGAUAGAAGAAGAAAAAGCCGCUACAAAUCAAAACGCGAAGACAGUGGGAACUUGUAAUGGUUGUCACACUGUUGUUGGAUUAUUGGAAAAUAAAUUUGAUAAGAUGUCUAGGGAUGAAUUCUUGCAGGGUUUACUACAGGCGUGCAGAAACACUGGAAGUCUUUCUGAUGGUUGCAGUAACAUUAUUAUCACAUACUUCAAUGAGAUUUACAACCACAUGAAAGACAAUUUUAAUCCCAACGAUUUCUGUCUGAUGACCGGGGAAUGUAGUGCUAAAUUCCAUACUCACACCAACGUGGAAAUAACUCCGAUUUCUCAUAUUGGUUACGUUCCAGUGGAAGGACAACAAGAUGAUUUACCGUGCGAGCUUUGCGAACAAUUGGUUACUCAUUUAAGAGACCUGUUAGUGGCAAACACUACAGAAGACGAAUUCAAAUUAGUCCUUGAAGGACUUUGUAAACAAACAAAAUCUUUCAAAGAUCAAUGUCUUAGCUUAGUAGAUGAAUACUACACCGUUGUUUACAAUUUCUUGGUUUCUGAACUGGAUUCGAACGUUAUUUGUACCAUGAUCGGUAUCUGUCCACAAAAUAACACCGAGAAGCUGCCUCCAAUAAUACCUCUUUUGCCUGUCCAGACUGCAGAAACUUUAGAAAUCACUCCCGCUCCUGUCAUUCGUAUCAAUAUGGCCAAAGAAGAAUCAAAUGUCAAAGUCAUGCAGAGCCCAGAACAAGCUCAACUGCCAAUUGAACGUUUAAUGCCACCACAUACUCAAGAAUUAUACAAUUCUCAGACCUGUGUAUUCUGUGAAUACUUCUUACAUUAUGUGCAACAAUUCAUGACUAGGCCUUCUACGGAGGAAGAAAUCAAGGAAGUGAUUGAGAAAGCUUGCAGUAAACUACCUCGCAGCAUUAACGAAACAUGCGUACAAUUCGUAGAUGCGUAUGAACCAGCACUAGUAGCAAUUUUGGCACAGGAAAUUGAUCCUUCUCAAAUUUGUCCUUUGAUCAAAGCUUGCCCCUCGUCCAAAACUCAAGACGUAGAAGUUUUUAUGCAACAAGAAAGCGACGGUUCCAAGUGUCCGUUGUGUCUGUUUGCAGUUUCAAAACUGGAAGAAAUGGUGAAAGACAAAAAAACAGAGGAAAGCAUCAGGAACGCUCUUAACAAGCUAUGUAAUCACUUACCAACGGACCUCGCAGCUGAAUGUAAUGACUUUGUCAACACUUAUACCAACGAGCUUGUAGAGUUACUUAUUGCUGAUCUAACUCCUCAAGAAGUUUGUGUUUAUCUUAAACUAUGCUCUGACAACAAACCACCAAGUGGUAUUAUUACCGGCGACACAAUGACAAAUUUAAUCACAGAUGACACUGUCAACGGCAUAAGUGUCCAUGCUCCCAUCACCGACAACCCAGAGUGUGUUCUUUGUGAAUUCGUCAUGAAGGAAAUUCAAGACCAAUUGAAAGAUAACAAUACAGAAGAAGCCAUUAAGAGAGCUGUUCAUAAUAUCUGCAGCGUAAUGCCAAAGUCUAUUGGCAAGGAGUGUAAUCAAUUUGUAGAUGAAUAUGCAGACACCAUUAUCCAGCUAUUGAUUGAAGCAACCGUUCCUAGUGAGAUAUGUCGCAUGAUGCAUAUGUGCAGCGGCGAAGAACUAAAAAAAGCUAAAGUUGAAAUUUUUGAAUGCGCAAUUUGCGAGAGUCUCGUCUAUGCGGUCGAAAAAAUUUUGAGCAAUCCAAAAGUCGAUCACAACGUUGAGCACGUGUUGAAAAAGGCGUGUCGUGCGUUACCUCACAAAGAACAAAAGAAGUGCAAUGAAAUUAUCACCAAAUAUGGAAAAAUGAUCUACAAUUUAGUCAUACAUUUGGCGGAUAAGGGUUUGGUUUGUAGAGAAAUUGGAUUGUGUGCCAGUGAUGUAGCUCGACCGAAAAGGAGCGCAGCUGUCGGAUCGAAAAAAUGUACGUGGGGUCCGAGCUACUGGUGUGCCAGUGAUGAAAAUGCAGACGCAUGUGGAGCAGGGGCAAAGAAACACUGUCAAGAAAAAGUUUGGAAGGCGCAAUCACGUCCAACCCCUGAAGGAUCUCGGCGUAAAAGAAAUUCCGUGCCCGGAUCGAAGAAAUGUACGUGGGGCCCGAGCUACUGGUGCGCCAGUAAUGAAAAUGCAGAAGGCUGUGGAGCAGGGGCAAAGAAACACUGUCAAGAAAAAGUUUGGAAAGCAGAGUCACUUCCCACCUCUGAAGGAUCUCGGCGCAAGAGGAGUACUUUGGUCGGAUCGAAGAAAUGUACGUGGGGUCCUAGCUACUGGUGUGCCAGUAAUGAAAAUGCUGAAGCUUGUGGAGCAGGGGCAAAGAAACACUGUCAAGAAAAAGUCUGGAAAGGGGAGACACGUCCAACCCCUGAAGGCUCUCGCCGUAAAAGGAGUAAUUUAGUUGGAUCAAAGAAAUGUACGUGGGGUCCUAGCUACUGGUGUGCCAGUAAUGAAAAUGCUGAAGCUUGUGGAGCAGGGGCAAAGAAACACUGUCAAGAAAAAGUCUGGCUGGCGGAGAGCCGUCCAACCCCUGAAGGAUCUCGGCGUAAAAGGAGUAAUUUGGUCGGAGGGGAGAAAUGUACGUGGGGUCCUAGCUACUGGUGUGCCAGUAAUGAAAAUGCAGAAAAAUGUGGAGCAGGGGCAAAGCAACACUGUCAAGAAAAAGUUUGGAAGGCGCAAUCACGUCCAAGCUCAUAAGAAGGUGGCUAACGUCCUCAACAAUUUAGUUAUUAAAGACAAUUUAAUGUAGUUACUAAGAAUACAUUACAUAAUUAUUCACCAAAGUUUGUUAAUUUGUUAAUAAAAUUGAACUUAAAUGUUUUAAACAACGUGAACACUUAAGUUGAGAGUUGGUAGUCACAGUUGGAUUGUAGAUUUUUUACUUACGCUAAAUUGGUUUCUGAUCGCCAUAAUGUGAAAGGAAAACUGUGAUACGAAUUAAUUGUACUGAUAAUUUCUGUAUUUAGUUUAACAAUAAAUCAUGAUUUUUGAA